UGCUUUAUGAUAUGAGGAGACUUUUGCAUUCAUAGUGCGACAGUUAAGUGAAAACGUGCUCUAGCGAAGGUAGUGAUUUGUGUCUCAAGAACGUUUCUACUUGUAUAAUUUUAAAUUUAGAGAUACAACUUAAAUUACAUAAUGGCAAUAAAUAAGAUUUCAACCCUAGUCAUUCUAUUAUUCGCUUGCCACUACGCCUCGAGUGCAACAACGACGGUGACUACCAGUACGCAGAAAACCCUCCCAUCAGUUUCAUCAGCCCGUGCCGCCGCCACACGUGCUCCAAUUUCUGAUGAGAUGCUGGAUCACGCGCUUAAUGAUAAAAGAUAUUUAAUGAGACAAUUAAAAUGUGCUCUUGGCGAGGCACCUUGUGAUCCCGUUGGCCGCAGGUUGAAAAGUUUAGCUCCAUUAGUAUUAAGAGGUGCUUGCCCACAGUGCACAGCCCAAGAAACCAAACAAAUUCGUAAAACAUUAUCCCACAUUCAAAGAAAUUUCCCCGCAGAAUGGAACAAGCUGAUUCAAACAUACCAAGGUUAA